CUCAAUUACCUUCUCAAUGUCCCCAUAGCGGUCAUCCCUACGCUCACCCAUACUACCAAAAAUGGCUUCAGAUCCAAGAGAUCAAGCCUCUUCUUCGCACGUCCAUCCUUACCAUGACCACCCCGAUUACGAUCUCACCGAUAUGGAUGGUGACGAGUAUGACGAGGGUCUCGAUGAUGGUUUGGUACAGCAGUACUGGACCUCGAAGCAACACAAAAGACCAAAGCUGUCAGAUGAUGAGGAAGACUAUGGAACACAAUGGAGGUUGAAGACAAGAUUGAAAACGGUCAAUGCUGGUUUAUUCAUUUGUCUCAAUAUAGGUGUGGACCCUCCGGAUAUAGUCAAGACCAAUCCAUGUGCUAAACUUGAAUGUUGGACGGAUCCGACGGCUUUGCCUUCUUCCAAAGCUAUAGAGGCUAUAGGCAGAAACCUUGCAUCACAAUUUGAUACUCUUAGCCCAAAAGUAAAAUACAAAUAUUUUCUGGACCCGUCAAUAGAAGAAACGAAAAAGCAAUGUGUGGGUCUGAGGAAGAUAGCGAGGGACGAAAGGACGGUAUUCUACUAUAAUGGUCACGGAGUUCCCAAGCCGACAAACUCGGGGGAAAUCUGGGUCUUCAACAAAAAUUAUACGCAAUAUAUCCCUGUCAGCUUGUAUGACCUCCAGGACUGGUUGGGAAGUCCUUGUAUAUAUAUUUGGGAAUGUUCAGGCGCCGGUAACAUUUUGACAAACUUCAGCAAACAGGCCGAGAGAAAAGAUCAUGAAGCCCGACAAGGCAAUGCCGAAGUGCCUUCCACAGCUUAUUCCGAAGCUAUACAUCUUGCAGCUUGUACGGCCACUCAGAAUCUCCCCAUGUCACCAGAACUACCUGCCGAUCUUUUCACUUCAUGUCUCACUUCGCCUAUCGAGAUAGCUUUGCGGUUUUUCGUCCUACAAGAUCCUCUGAAACGAAACAUUAACUCUUCCAAGGAUGAUCCUCGAUCCAAAGUCACUCUUGAACUGCUCAACUCCAUCCCAGGUGAUUUGAAGGAUCGUCGUACACCACUUGGGGAACUCAAUUGGAUAUUUACCGCCGUUACGGACACCAUUGCCUGGACAUCUUUUCCUCGAGAGGUAUUCAACAAGCUAUUCCGACAAGAUUUAUUAGUCGCUGCCCUUUUCAGGAACUUUCUGUUGGCGCAAAGGAUUAUGUCAGCCUAUCAUUGUACUCCCAUGUCUAUCCCCGAGAUACCAUCAACCCACAACCAUCAUUUAUGGCAUUCAUGGGAUCUGGCGGUUGACGAGUGUCUGGCUCAAUUACCACAUCUCUUGGAAUUAGAAGCUGCUCGAGAAUCUGGACAAGCGCCGACCUCUGCUCCAAUGCACAACCCAUACAUCCCUUCGUCGUUCUUUGCUCAACAUCUUCAAGCUUUCGAAAUCUGGUUGCAGCAUGGUGGGAAUGUACGAAGCAACAUCACCCUUCAGCCCCAAUCGUCACAUCGUCAACCGCCUGAACAACUCCCAAUCGUUCUGCAGGUCCUUCUAUCUCAAGCUCACCGGCUGCGCGCUCUCAUACUUUUGUCCCAAUUUGUCGAUCUCGGUCCGUGGGCUGUCUCAUUGUCGUUGUCCAUCGGCAUUUUCCCCUACGUCUCCAAGCUCCUACAAUCCCCCGCCCCCGAACUGAAACCAGUCCUCAUCUUCAUAUGGGCUCGCAUCCUAGCCGUCGACAGAACAUGUCAAAUUGACCUUCUUCGAGAUCAGAGUUUCAGCUACUUCGCUCAAGUACUCGCUCCCAGUAUACACAGCGGCCUCAUCAUCCCCCAUGCCAAAGAACAUCGGGCGAUGUGCGCGUUCAUCCUAUCCAUCAUGUGUCGAAAUUUCCGUGCCGGUCAGCAGGCCUGUUUGUCGAUCAACGUGUUUGACAGCUGUAUCGCCCAAUUGGGAGAGGAAGACUGGUUAUUGAAGACGUGGUGUUUACUUUGCCUUGCGCAGAUGUGGGCGGACAACGACGAAGCCAAGGCGAUGUUUCUCUUCAGCAAACCACGUCAAGACGAAAUUAUGACUACUCUGCACAGCAACGCUCCUGAAGUCCGAGCGGCCGCGCUGUAUGCGAUCGGAACACUGAUGGGUGCAUCCGCCGCUCCGCUCGAGAUAGAUGGUAAAGGUGGAGGUGGUACAGGCGCGCAACUCGGUAUCGACGAAGGUACACAAUUGGAGAUUGAGGCAGCCCUGACUUUUGCCUGCUUGAAUCAAGUCAAGGAGGACGCAGCCCCGAUAGUGCGGAAAGAGCUGGUUGUUCUCAUCUCUUGUGUCGUCCGAGAAUGGAGAGGGUGGAUGGUGGCUGCUGCAUGGACAUAUUACGAGCAAGAAGCCACCCUCGAGGGUGAUCACGGUAAGGACGUCGUUUCGGAUGCUGUCAAAGAAUGGGUCGAACGUGUCGCACGUCGGAAUCAAGAAGCGCAGCAACGAUCUUCUCGACGCACCCUUGAUCCAAUGUAUCUCAUGAGCAACUUCAAAGUCAUCUUUGAGACGUUACUGGACCUCUCGGUAGAUCCCGACACCACCGUAGCCUCCAUGGCAUCAACAGUUGUAGACUACAUCGUUGCUCUGCUCCUCGACUCCGCUUUCUGUCGAGUAGAAAACUCGGCAAUUCUUCGUUUCUCAAAACCUGCUCCUCGACUGCCACAUCGACUGGAAAAGCCACAAGCUAUAACACGGACGAACACUGAGGGUUCAUCAAACUCUAUCAAACGCAAUGCCUCCAUGGUCACCGCCCUACGUUCUCUCGCUACCAUAACCGGCUGGACAACAGACACUCCUCCCGCUUCUCCACCUUUGUCCGAUCCCGAGCCAGUACACAAUGCUCCAGGUAUAGACUCGUAUCGAUCCCCAUAUCCUGAUGCAUCUCACGAACGAAUCCUACCCGAUAGAGAGGAACAUCAAAUACAUCAUCUCUCUGCUCAAAUGCGCAAAUUGGGUCUUUCCAGAACACCAGUCUCGGCACUUGCUGUUCUGGAAGCUUUGACAGAUGAGGAUAUGGAACGUCUGAGUAUACGUAGACUCAGAGGUACUCAAGCAGGUGGAGACAACAUGGGACGUGUCAGCAAUAAUGGCUUGCCAAGACCAAACGAUCUUGGUUUAGGGAUGGUAGCUAAGGAAGUUAAGGAUGAUGUGUUACCACUCAGAAGUAGAUUGUAUGAUGAGGCUAUGGAUUACUUCAAAGAACCUCAGAUGAGAAAAGCGGAGGCGGAUGAUCAGGGGAGUAAAGAGUGGAAUGCUCAAGCUUGGAGACAUCAAAGGAAUCAAGAGUUGGUCUUAAAGUGUAGAACUGCGGAGACUUAUGCUCCAUAUCAUUCUUGGGACAAUGACGCAGGUACACUCGCAAAUGACAGCUGGCCUCUGCAAUUACGUUUCCACUCUUACGACCCUAUCAUCGCCGUGACCGACGACACGGACAAUAUUUGCAUUUGGGAUUGGAAAGAACGUCGGAGAUUAUCAAAAUUCAGGAACUUGAAUGUGCCAGGAAGCAGUAUCUCAAGUUUGCAUUUUAUCAAUGAGACGGCGUCUUCUUUACUUCUCACUGCAUCGACUGAAGGUGCGAUUCGUAUUUGGAGAAACUACGAAAACCUCUCAGAACUAUGGCUUGCUUCUUCCUUCCGCGCAGUAUCUGAGCUUCAUCCAGCUGGUCAUUCCUCCGGGCUUCUUACAGCGUGGGAACAACCUACAGGUCAUCUCUUAGUCGGUGGUGAUAUGCGCGUGGUCCGUCUAUGGGAUGCCACUGUCGAGCGUCAUCUGAGGGAUAUCGCUACCCAGGCAGGAGCCAAUCUGACUGCUAUAGCGUCAGACGAAUUGGAUUGUAAUAUCUUCGUUGCUGGGUUUGGAGAUGGAGUAGUGAGGUUGUUUGAUAAACGUGUCAUGGAUGCGAAAGAGGUAGUGUUGAGGACAUGGAGGAAUCAUCAGACUUGGAUACAAAGUGUCCAUUUGCAACGUGGAGCACAAAAGCAGUUGGUGACUGGAAGCAUGAACGGCGAUGUUCGGAUAUGGGACGUUCGGAGUCCCGAGGCACCUCUAUACGAAGUUUCUGCUCAACCUACGGGUCUACAAGCUUUGGCAGUCCAUACCAACGUCCCAGUAUUUGCCACAUCCUCAGCACCAGCUGGUCAUGCAACUCGACAGAAAAUCGUUGUCCAAGGGUUCUCAGAGCCCGAAGAACGGAAGAUCCUUUCGACCAUUGGGAUUCCACUCUCUCCUUACGCCCCACGUAAUGCCAGUUUCAUGCCAUCGGCCACUUCGUUAAUGUUUCAUCCUACCGAAAUGGUCUUUGCCGCUACCGGUGGUGAUCCCGCAGGUACCGUCCGACUGUUUCAAUGUGCCACCCCGGAAAAGCUUGGCUGGGAGGGUAUGAACGGAUAUCAUUGAUUCUCUUCCUCGUUCUUUCUUUCACCUUUCCCUUCUUUCCCCCUCCUUGACUUUGCGAGCUUUGGCUUGUGAAAAGCCGUAUGGUGGAUCAGACCUUUUGAGUCUCGUGCAUUUCAUCACCCCCGUCAAUCUUCAUCAUCUGUAAUCUUAACAAUAGUACAAUUUAGAUCCGUUGUGUGGGCGUGUUUUUUUGCUUUGGGCAUAUUAUGCAUAUUUGCUGAUGUC